CAUCAGUCGAUGAUAAAGUUCAGCACGAUGACGAAGACAGGAGAAAACUCCCAAGUAAAUGAAUCAGUGUAUGCGAACAAGGAUUUUGUUUAUUCGUACGGAUGGAAUCGUGUCAUGAUGCACGCGAUUGGGGGUUGGCCUGAGGACACUGAUAACUUCUUCAUGAGGAAUCGAAUAUUCUUGAAUGGACUUGCUCUUUUUCUUUUUAAUAUUUUACCGCAGUCAGCUAGUAUACCAGUCUUUUGGGGAGAUCUCAAUGCUUUUAUCGAGUGUUUGUCUGUGAAUCUGGCUAUAAGUUUGUCACUUCUUGAGCUAGUUUGGCUUGGAAUUCAGCGACCCACCGUUCAGAAAUUACUGAAGAUGAUGGCUGAAGAUUGGUUAAUAGAGAGAACACCUGAGGAGCAUGAGGAGAUGAUGAAGAUGACUAAAAUCAUCAGACUCAUUUCGUCUCUCAGUUUUUAUGGGACCAUUUGUCUUUUCGUCGUGUUCGUACCUGUACAGAUACUGGCCGGAUUGGCACUCAAGAAUGAUCCUACAGUCGAUCCAAGAUUAUCAAUUGGUUUUCUCUACAGUUGCGUGUUUCCUUUCGAUACCUCAUCACUGUCGGUUUUCAUACCGAUCUGGAUCGGCCAAUUUUUCUGCACUUAUAUAUCGAUGGCUGGAUAUUCCUCUCCUGUUAGUUUCCUAGGUAUGUUCGUAUUCCAUCAAUGUGGCCAACUGAAAUUACUGCGUCUCAGAUUAGAGGGAAUUGUUGAUAAGGAGACGACGGAGAAUCGCCGGGAAUUCUGGAGAAAACUUGGAGCAAUUGUCGAGAGGCAUGAGCAGCUGAAUGAACGUACCUCUGCCAUUGAAGAAAAUUUCAAUAAAAUUUUUCUCGCUGCCGCAAUAGAUUGCAUUUUCGUCACUUGUACUCAGGGUUUUGCAGUAAUUUCGGUGCUACAAACUGAGGGAGAUUUUCCAGUAUUCCAGAUGCUUUUUCUAUUUGUCUUCACUACUUAUGAUUUGGGUCACUUUUUCGUCUACUGUCUGGCAGGAGAUAUUUUGAUAACUGAGAGCUCGAAUUUUGGUGUCUCAUUAUACAACAGUCAGUGGUAUAAGUUAGCUCCUAACGAAGUGAAAUCAGUUCUCAUUUUCACAAGUCGAUGCAUCCUACCGCAAAAAAUAACUGGAGGAAAAUUCACAGAUCUAUCACUUCCCCUUUUUGCAAAGAUAGUCAAAACAGCUGCCAGUUAUCUAUCAGUACUACUCGCCAUGAAAGUGUAAUUGCAAAUCCCUGCGUUCACAUCUGCACAUACACAAUAUUUGUAGUUGAAAUAUUAUAGAAAGAACGAUAGAAUUGCAGUUCCAU